GAAAUGGCUACAUUGAAGGCAAAGAGCUGGAACACUUCUUCCAGGAGCUGGAAAGUGCAAGGAAGGGUGCUGGUGUGGAUUUAAAGAAAGACAACUUGGGUGAGAAGAUGAAGGAGUUCAUGCACAAGUAUGACAAAAAUUCAGACGGCAAAAUUGAGAUGGCAGAGCUGGCCCAGAUCCUGCCCACUGAGGAGAAUUUCCUGCUGUGUUUCCGCCAACAUGUGGGCUCCAGCUCGGAGUUUAUGGAGGCUUGGCGCAGGUACGACACGGACCGCAGCGGCUACAUCGAAGCCAACGAGCUGAAGGGCUUCUUGUCGGACCUGCUGAAGAAGGCGAACCGGCCCUACGAUGAGCCCAAGCUGCAGGAGUACACACAGACCAUUCUGCGGAUGUUCGACAUGAACGGCGACGGGAAGCUGGGCCUCUCCGAGAUGUCCCGACUUUUGCCUGUGCAAGAAAACUUCCUUCUGAAGUUUCAGGGGAUGAAGCUGUCUUCAGAGGAGUUCAAUGCCAUCUUCACCUUCUAUGACAAGGAUGGAAAUGGCUUCAUUGAUGAGAAUGAGCUGGAUGCACUUUUGAAAGACCUGUAUGAGAAGAAUAAGAAAGAGAUGAACAUCCAGCAGCUCACCAACUACAGGAAGAGCAUCAUGAACCUCUCUGACGGGGGCAAACUCUACCGCAAGGAACUGGAGAUGGUGCUCUGCAAUGAGCCCCCCAUGUAGAACCCUCUCAUACACACACCCCACGCUCCUCCUCCCCCAAAACAAGCACAACAGGGGAGCCCCCAUCACUGCAGUGCUCCCCCAACAGCUCUUGGGUUUGCUGUAGUUUGCUAAAAUCUCAUUUUGGGGGGGGGAAACUCUUAUUUUUUUUUAGCCAUCUGCCUGGUUUGUCUAAUUACAUGAUUUUUUUGGGGGUGGGGGGAAUGUUGUUUUCAUUUUUUUGGUCUCUUCUUGAGUUUUUAUCAUUUACCAAAGAACAGUUUACUAAUAAAUUCAAGUACUGCUAGA